AUGUCAACUUGGCAGAAUGACGAAAAGAUUGCCCCAAAGGGGUCGGCAAUCGAUACCUCUCUCCGCCUCCGGACAACAGAACGCUACUAUUGGACAAUCCUCUAUUCGUUCAAAAAGUUUAAGACCACUGAGGAAGCCGUGACGGCAUUGAACACCAUACGAUAUGAGCAGCAACAGCUUGCUAAAACCGUUGGGGAGAGGACAGCUGAAGAUGAUCCAACCAGAAGAAUUGACAUCUCACAGUAUUUCCAACAAGACACAGGCAUUUCAUACCCUCCAUCACACAUCACCGGAGACGCUGGCACUUUGACAGUGUGGGUGAGGGGAUGUGCGACUGAUCUGGAAAGGCAGCGAUACGAAUAUAUCACUGAAAUGCAAUAUCCACUUGCUAAUCAUAUCCUAUGGGAACAAGAGACACUUGACCUAGUCAUGAAGUGUACAAAAGCUUUAUCAAUGGUUUGGGAAGAUGUGGAUCCUAUUCGAUCCUCUCAAUUAUCUUGGGCUCUUUCUCAACUUUACAAAUCUCGUUUGCAGAAUGCUGACUCCAGGACCACAGUGGAUAUUUAUGAGAAGAGCGUCACGGAAGUUCAAGAAGCAAUGAAGAGGCUCCAAGGCUCCCUUCAAGAAAGCAAAACCAAUGUCCACUAG